UUGACGGGUUUAACUGACCACCGAGCCUAGAACCACUCACCCGAACGCUCUUCAAUACAGAGAGCCUUCAACUCUAUUCACCGCCAGACUCUACUGAAGCACCUGACACCUCCCUCUAUGGCAACACACGGUGGCUCUUCCUCUUCUCCUCCUCAGGAAAACCCAAUUGUAGAAGACGACUUAGACUUGUUAUAUGGAGCUGAAUCGGGUUGGGUCGAUGCCCGCACAUCCUGCGAUCACCUUCCUUCUCUCUCCUCUGAUCUCGUUCACAUCCCCACCCCUGAUACUCACUGCAACAGAUGCCAGCACCCAAGUGAGAACUGGUUAUGUUUGUGCUGUAAGGAAGUCCUCUGCAGCCGUUUUGUAAACAAGCAUAUGCUGCAGCAUUAUCAGCAGAUAAAUCAUAGUGUUGCUCUUAGCUACAGUGAUCUCUCGGUUUGGUGUUUCUCCUGCGAUGCAUAUUUAGAUGCUCAAUUGAUCCCACAACUGCGGCCUGUAUAUGAAACUGCAUACCUGCUGAAGUUUGGUGAAGCCCCUCCAAUCCGUUCGGUUAAUGCCCAACAUUCCCAAUCAGCAAAUUGACAAUUUAUAUAUGGAUGUCAAAUUAGUAGCAGUUCCCUAAUUGGAAUUUUACUUAGUUGAAGAGUUGCUUUAAGAAGAUGUUCAUAUCACUGUCACGGUUGCAUCUUACAAGGUAUUACAGAUAUAAUUUUCCUGGAACCACUAUUUGGCCAGAAAAAACAGAGUCCUUUGUACCACUAGUUGUUUUAUACAUUGGAGUGUGUUUCCCCACUA